GUAGACUGCGAACCAUUUUUACCAAUCAUGGAGUCAGCUACAAGUACGGAAAUGAUAGUUUCGGAAGGUCCGCACACCACCUUCGGAAGAGGGUCUUCAAAAGAGAGAAUUAUCGCACUUGUAGUCUUGGCUGUUGCACUGAUCUUCUUAAUUGUGGGAAUCGUGUUGAUUGCAAUUGCAGCAAACGAUCAAAAGAAUGAGAAAUCGUCAGGUUCUACUUCUAAACAAGAAGAAGAAAAGAAAACAACAGAGUCCAUUUUAUGUGAAUUUUCAGAGGAAGCGAAACGAGUGGAACUUGGUGAAUUCCUCGAUCGUGUUAAGGCAACAUAUUACAAACUUCACCCUUAUGAUGUGUAUCGGGAUCCAGAAGUGACCACGGAAAGGGUUAAAACGGAAUUCGUGGCUUAUGAUCCUUCACCAUCCGUCAUCAAAAAACGAACGGACACCGCUUUGGAUCUUUUGAGCGAGAUCAACGGAAAGAAGAUCAACAGCGACAAGUUGAAACCCCGAGAGAGAAGAGCGCUUGCACAAGUGAAGCAUUACCUUCAGCAUGUGUUCGGUCGGCCUUAUGACGUGAAUUACUACGCCGGGGAUUGGAUGAUGGGACCGAAUUUGUUUUGCUGGCAGGAAAUCUGUUUUCAGGGAUACGCUGUUUAUAACGGAUUGGGUCUCUAUCACAAACCUUACAACGCAUCGGAUGUGGAACUGAUUGAAUCGAAGCUGAAGACUCACAAAGCAGGCAUUUGGCAGUACAUUGAAAAUAUGAAGAUGGGGGUGCGGAAAGGGAUGAUUCGUAGUGUUGAGGAGUGUGAAGCUGGAAUUAACACCAUCAAAAGACAGUACUUGGAUAUUUCCUCGUACAACUCAACAGGUGUCUUAAAAAGCUGGGUCGUUCAACCCCUUCUGGACCCUGAUUACUACAGUAACAUCACAGAAGAGAUUGAUAGCGAGUGGAAGAAGACACACGGUGGAAAAAAUGUCAGCGAAACCAUAGAGGAUUAUCUUGUGACUUACGUAGGAGAACCACUCAGCCAGUUGUUAAGAUAUGUCGAAUUUGAACACAUCCGUCACUGCGUUCCGAGUAAUGUGUCCAGCGGUUUGGCCAACCUUCCACUCAAGUAUGUUUGGCUCGAUGGUAAAGAGAACACGUCCUGGCCAACAGACCCAUAUCUACCCACUGGUCAAGCAUUGAAUGGAUCGCAGGCCUACUCCCAAAUCAUGUCGUAUUUCACGACAAAUGCCAUGACCCCGAUGGAAGUUCAUGAACUCGGCAAAAAGCAACUCAGCAUUCUCUAUCCCAUGAUUGUGGAAGUCGCAAGGGAAGUGACUGGAGAAUCAGACAAUCAGACUGCCGUAACGAAAUUUAGAGCUAAGCUGAAUUCGUCUGAGAGUUACUUUAACGCGGAACCAAUCCCUAAAAACGAGUCUGAUAAAAAGGCACACAAAAAAUGCAGUGAUAUUGAAGGAGCAAAGAAAUAUUGCCCCAAGCGCUGGGCUGCCUUUGAGCUGUGGAUGGCGGAAUCAAGAAAGGCAAGUGUGGUUGUUUUGAUAGUCGAUCGNACUAUUCCACUGUUCCACUUUACUGGAGAUAAAGCUACCACGCCCAUCUGUCCAGUUGAUAUGCAGCCUAACCUGAACCCAUCGAGUGGAGCUCAAAGCUACCAAAGUGCUGGCGCAGAUUGCACACAAAGUGCAAAAUACAACCUUCCAUUUUUCCUUGAAAACUUAGGUCCCAGAUUCUCUGAAUGGAGCGUCAAUGCUCAUGAGGCGAGGCCUGGACAUCAUACUCAGCUUCAAGGUAACAUAGAACAUUUCCGUGAUAGCUGCGGAGGUGUGAUUGGUUGGCUUGAUAGCGUCACCUAUUAUAUGGCGUUUAUAGAAGGUUGGGCUCUAUACGCUGAAAAUCCGCUCAUAGCUGAAGAUACUGACACUUACAAGUAUGAACCCAUGCAGAAGUUUGGCAUGUUGAAGUGGCAGGUGUGGCGAGCUAUUCGGUUGAUCGUGGACACUGGGUUGCACUAUUAUGGUUUCACAAGAGACACGGCUCUGGAGUAUUUCAGUAAAUAUGCAUGGGACGAUACAGACCUUGCCAAGAAGGAGGUGACUCGGUACCAGAGCGACCCCGGACAAGCGACCGCUUACAUGAUUGGUCAGCUGGAGAUAAAGAAAGCCAGAAGUUAUUCUAAGGGAGCUCUGGGCAAAGAUUUCAGUCUAAGAGACUUCCACUAUCAGGUUCUCGCCCAGGGAUCUUCCCCACUUGAUUACUUGUCCGAUCACGUGACAAAGUAUGUGGCCUGCGUCAAGGAUAAGGCAAAAGAAGGUUGUGACGUCAUUUUGAAUCCACCAAAGAAAACCGAGGCAAAGAAAACGACCAGUGAAGGCCGCUGGUUAAAACUAUUAAAACCCAAUCUACACUAUAUAUGACUCGCUUUGUUGAUGAAUAUUGGUAUCGCCAAGAGGCAGUCUGUCUUUUAAAUCUUGAUUCAGAUGAGCUAAGGUUAAGACCAGAAGAACGUAAUGAACAACGUUACUGAUCAAAUGAUUGAUUGAUUGAUUGAUUGACUGAUUGAUUGAUUGAUUGACUGACUCA